AUGGUUCAAAUCGCUUUAGCUACUGCUGCUGUUCUUGCUUGCUUUGCUGCUUCCGCGCAAGCCUGUAGUGGUUGGUAUCAGUGUAAAAACAUUGACGGAAGUCACUGUUGUGUUAUUCCCGCACAGUCAGGUGGCCCUAGUGACUGCCCAACUAAUUGCAAUGGCGGUUCCGCAUGGCCUCCAGAGUGUAUCGAACCCAUCACUGGCAAAGGCCGCAAAGCGUGCCCCGGGUACAAGGGCGGCUUUUGA